GCCGUUCUCCGUGUGCGCUCCACCCAGCUUCCCAGCCGCCGCUCCCAAGCUCCAGCCUGCUGCCAGGAGCGAGAAUCUGUAGAGCCAUACCGUGCCCUGAGCCUCCUUACGGAGACACAGGGUGAAGAUGGAGGACAGGUACUACCCAGUGAUCUUCCCAGACGAGCGGAAUUUCCGUCCCUUCACUUCCGACUCUCUGGCUGCAAUAGAGAAGAGGAUCGCCAUCCAGAAGGAGAAGAAGUCCUCCAAGGACAAGGCAGCAGCUGAGCCCCAGCCUCGGCCUCAGCUUGACCUAAAGGCCUCCAGGAAGUUGCCAAAGCUUUAUGGUGACAUUCCCCAGGAUCUGAUAGCGAAGCCCCUGGAGGAUCUGGACCCAUUCUACAGAGACCAUAAGACAUUCAUGGUGCUGAACAAGAAGAGGACAAUAUAUCGCUUCAGUGCCAAGCGGGCCUUGUUCAUUUUGGGGCCUUUCAAUCCCGUCAGAAGCUUAGUGAUUCAAAUCUCUGUCCAUUCGCUCUUCAGCAUGUUCAUCAUCGGCACGGUGGUCAUCAACUGUAUGUUCAUGGCUAAAUUUGGGGACAGGAGUUCAGACACGGAAAUUUCCGAAUACAUCUUCACUGGGAUUUAUAUCUUAGAAGCCGUGAUUAAAAUACUGGCAAGAGGCUUCAUCCUGGAUGAGUUUUCCUUCCUCCGAGACCCGUGGAACUGGCUGGACUUCAUUGUCAUUGGAACGGCGGUCGCGACUUGUUUUCCAGGCACCAAAGUCAAUCUCUCGGCCCUCCGUUCCUUCCGAGUGUUCAGAGCUCUGAAAGCGAUUUCCGUUGUCUCAGGUCUGAAGGUCAUUGUCGGGGCUCUGCUGCGCUCGGUGAAGAAGCUGGUGGACGUGAUGGUCCUCACUCUCUUUUGCCUUAGCAUCUUUGCCCUGGUUGGUCAGCAGCUCUUCAUGGGAAUUCUGAACCAGAAAUGUAUUAAAGCCAACUGUGGCCCUAACUCUACGUCCAACAAGGAUUGCUUUGUAAAGGAGAAAAAUAGUGACGACUUCGUCAUGUGUGGCACCUGGCUCGGCAGCAGACCCUGUCCCGACAAUUCUACAUGCAGUAGAACCUCGUUCAACCCAGACUAUAACUAUACGAACUUUGACAACUUUGGCUGGUCUUUCCUUGCCAUGUUCCGGGUUAUGACUCAGGACUCCUGGGAGAAGCUUUACCGACAGAUCCUCCGGACCUCUGGAAUCUACUUUGUCUUCUUCUUCGUGGUGGUCAUCUUCCUGGGCUCUUUCUACCUGCUCAACCUAACCCUGGCCGUCGUCACCAUGGCGUAUGAAGAGCAGAACAGGAACGUAGCCGCAGAGACCGAGGCCAAGGAAAAGAUGUUUCAGGAAGCCCAGCAGCUCUUAAGGGAGGAGAAAGAGGCUCUGGUUGCGAUGGGAAUCGACAGAAGUUCGCUUAAUUCCCUUCAAGCAUCGUCCUUUUCUCCAAAGAAGAGGAAGUUUUUCGGUAGUACGACAAGAAAGUCCUUCUUUAUGAGAAAGUCUAAGAAGGACCGGGCCUCAGCCUCAGAUUCAGAAGACGAUUCCUCUAAAAACCCUCAACUGCUUGAGCAAACCAAACGGCUGUCCCAGAACUUGCCUGUGGACCUCUUUGAUGAGCACAUAGAUCCCUUCCACAGGCAGAGGGCUCUGAGCGCCGUCAGCAUCCUGACCAUCACCAUGCAGGAACAAGAAAAAUCCCAGGAGCCUUGUCUCCCAUGUGGGAAAAACUUGGCAGCCAAGUACCUGGUGUGGGACUGCAGUCCCUGGUGGCUGAGUCUAAAGAAGGCCCUGGGGACCGUGAUGACAGACCCCUUUACAGAGCUGGCCAUCACCAUCUGCAUCAUAAUCAACACCGUCUUCCUGGCCAUGGAGCACCACAACAUGGACGAGGCUUUCAUAAAUCUGCUGAAAAUAGGAAACUGGGUUUUCACUGGGAUCUUCAUAGCCGAAAUGUGUCUAAAGAUCAUCGCGCUGGACCCUUACCACUACUUCCGCCACGGCUGGAACGUCUUUGACAGCAUUGUGGCCCUCCUGAGUCUUGCUGACGUGCUUUACAACAACCUGUCGGACAAGAGCAGCCGCUCAAAUCGCUCCUUCUUGGCUUCCUUCAGAGUGCUGAGGGUCUUCAAGUUAGCCAAAUCUUGGCCCACUUUAAACACCCUCAUUAAGAUCAUCGGCCACUCCGUGGGUGCGCUUGGAAACCUGACUGUGGUCCUGACCAUUGUGGUCUUCAUUUUCUCCGUCGUGGGCAUGCAGCUCUUUGGCAAUAAGUUCAACAAGACCUCACAGGGGCAGCACAGGCGGCGCUGGCACAUGGGCGACUUCUACCACUCCUUCCUGGUGGUGUUCCGCAUCCUCUGCGGGGAGUGGAUCGAGAACAUGUGGGAGUGCAUGCAGGAGAUGGACGGUUCUCCACUAUGCGUCAUCGUCUUUGUGCUGAUCAUGGUGGUGGGAAAGCUUGUGGUGCUUAACCUCUUCAUUGCCUUGCUGCUCAAUUCCUUCAGCAAUGAGGAGAGGGAUGGGAGCCCCAAAGGAGAGACCAGGAAAACCAAAGUGCAGCUAGCUCUGGAUCGGUUCCGCCGGGCCUUUUCCUUCGUGGUGCAUGCUCUUCAGGGUUUUUGCUGCAAGCAACGCAGGAGGCAAAACUCACCAAAGCCGAAAGAGAUCACAGGAAGUUUUGUUAGUGAGAAUAAAGACAUCAUCCCGCUGGAUACAAAGCCCUCCAGGGAGCUUGAUGCACUAAGGACUUGGGACACCGAGCACGACGGAGCUCGCUUGGCCCCACUUGCGGAGGAAGAGGAUGACACCGAAUGCUAUGGUGAACUCAGAGUCCCAUCCGUCUCUCAAGCUGGUGCCAGAGUUCAGGGUGACGAGAUGAUUCAGAAAGACCUCAGGCCUCUACGUGUGCAUCAGACCUGUGACGUCCCUCUGGAGACUGCGCAGCCCACCAGCCCAGAUGACAAAGGUGUGGAAACCGAGGUGUUCUCAGAAGAAGACCCUCAUUUACCCAAACAGAGUGCUCGAAAGAACUCUGAUGCUGCGAGUGCACUCUCAGAAUGCAGCACCGUUGACCUGAAUGAUAUCUUCAGAAAUUUCCGGAAUUUGGAUCCCCCCAAAAAGCAACCAGAUAGAUGCUUGCCCAAAGGCCUCUGCUGUCACUUCCUAUGCCACAAAACAGACAAGAGAAAGCCCCCCUGGGUUGUGUGGUGGAAUCUUCGGAAAACCUGCUACCAAAUCGUGAGGCACAGCUGGUUUGAGAGCUUCAUCAUCUUCGUCAUCCUGCUGAGCAGCGGAGCCCUGAUAUUUGAAGAUGUCAACAUCUCCAAACGGCCCCAAAUUGACCGGUUGCUAAAGUGUACUGACAAUAUCUUCACAUUUAUCUUCAUCCUGGAGAUGGUUCUAAAAUGGGUGGCCUUUGGAUUCCGGAGGUAUUUCACCAGCGCCUGGUGCUGGCUCGAUUUCCUCAUUGUAAUCGUGUCUGUGGUCAGUCUCAUGAACUUGCCAACCUUGAAGUCCUUCCGGACUCUGCGAGCACUGAGGCCUCUGCGGGCGCUGUCUCAGUUUGAAGGAAUGAAGGUUGUGGUCAACGCCCUCAUCAGUGCCAUACCCGCCAUUCUCAAUGUCUUGCUGGUCUGCCUCAUUUUCUGGCUGAUAUUUUGCAUCCUGGGAGUAAAUUUCUUUUCUGGGAAGUUUGGAAGAUGCAUUAACGGGACAGAUAUAAAUAAAUACUUCAAUCAUACCGAGAUUGGAAACCGAAGCCAGUGUGAAGGUAGCAAUUACUUGUGGGAGGUCCCGAAAGUCAACUUUGACAACGUGGGGAAUGCCUACCUCGCUCUGCUGCAGGUGGCGACGUACAAGGGCUGGCUGGACAUAAUGAAUGCCGCUGUCGAUUCCAGAGGGAAAGAUGAGCAGCCAGACUUUGAGGCGAAUGCCUUUGCGUAUCUCUACUUCGUGGUUUUUAUCAUCUUCGGCUCGUUCUUCACCCUGAACCUCUUUAUCGGCGUUAUUAUUGACAACUUCAACCAGCAGCAGAAAAAGUUAGGUGGCCAAGACAUUUUUAUGACCGAGGAACAGAAGAAAUACUAUAAUGCAAUGAAAAAAUUAGGAACCAAAAAACCUCAGAAACCCAUCCCAAGGCCACUGAAUAAAUGUCAAGCCUUUGUUUUCGACCUGGUCACAAGCCAGGUCUUUGACGUCAUCAUUCUGGGUCUUAUUGUCCUAAAUAUGAUUAUCAUGAUGGCUGAAUCUGAUGGCCAGAGCAAUGAUGUGAAGAAAAUCUUUGAUAUUCUCAACAUAGCCUUUGUGAUCAUCUUUACCAUAGAAUGUCUCGUCAAAAUGUUUGCUUUGAGGCAAUACUACUUCACCAAUGGCUGGAAUUUAUUUGAUUGUGUGGUCGUGGUUCUUUCUGUCAUUAGUACCCUGGUGUCUGGCUUGGAGCACAGUGACAUCCCUUUCCCGCCCACGCUCUUCCGAAUCGUCCGCUUGGCACGCAUCGGCCGCAUCCUCCGACUGGUCCGGGCGGCGCGAGGCAUCAGGACGCUGCUCUUCGCUCUGAUGAUGUCGCUCCCCUCCCUCUUCAACAUCGGCCUCCUGCUCUUCCUCGUCAUGUUCAUCUACGCCAUCUUCGGCAUGAACUGCUUCUCCAAGGUGGAGAGGGGCUCUGGGAUCGACGACAUCUUCAACUUCGAAACAUUCUCAGGCAGCAUGCUCUGCCUCUUCCAGGUGACCACGUCCGCUGGCUGGGACGCCCUCCUCAGCCCCAUGCUGGACUCAAGAGCCGCCACCAACUCCUCCUCCCAAGACAGCUGCCAGCAGCCGCGGAUAGCCAUCAUCUACUUUGUCAGUUACAUCGUCAUCUCCUUCCUCAUUGUGGUCAACAUGUACAUCGCCGUCAUCCUGGAGAACUUCAACACCGCCACGGAGGAGAGCGAGGACCCUCUGGGCGAAGACGACUUUGAAAUCUUCUACGAGAUCUGGGAGAAGUUUGACCCCGAAGCAACGCAGUUCAUCCAGUACUCGGCCCUCUCCGACUUCGCCGACGCCCUGCCUGAGCCGCUGCGCGUGGCCAAGCCUAACAGGUUUCAGUUUCUAGUGAUGGACUUGCCCAUGGUGACCGGCGAUCGCCUCCACUGCCUGGACGUUCUCUUCGCCUUCACCACCAGGGUCCUCGGGAACUCCAGUGGCUUGGAUACCAUGAAAGCGAUGAUGGAGGAAAAGUUCAUGGAGGCCAACCCUUUCAGGAAGCUGUACGAGCCCAUCGUCACCACCACCAAGAGAAAGGAGGAGGAACUGUGCGCUGCGGUCAUCCAGAGGGCCUACCGAAAACACAUGGAGAAGAUGAUCAAGUUGAAGCUCCAAGGCAGGUCCAGUUCAUCACACCAGACAGUUUGCAACGGAGACCUGUCUAGCUUGGAGGUGGCCAAGGUCAAGGUUCACUAUGACUGAGCCCUGCUCUCCACCCCUACACCUCACAGCCUAGCGUCCAACCUCCGAGCUCUGGAGGUCCGCAGCUCAGUCUACGAGCAGGCAGCGGGCUCACUGAAUGAGCCAUUCCAUUUUUAUUUUUUUUCUCGGCUAAAAGAGGUGGUGUAUUAGCGUUAAUUUAUAAAUGAUUCUUGGAGGGUUAUAAGAUAAGGUUACCCACGAAGCGCUGGGACCGAUUUAAUGGAGAAAAGACAUUGGGAAGGGCUGCCAAGGGCGUCCACAGUAACGGUAGGCUUGAAAUACAGUUCAAAUUAUGUAAAUAUAAAAGAAUGAGAAGGAAAAAAAUCACAUGAAAAUCUAAGGUUGUGUUCUCGGUACAUUUCCCAACAUGUUUGUUUAAUGUUUCGUGUCUCUUUUUUUGCAUGUUAAGCGAGAAGUCAAAACCUGUAAUAAGCAAAUAGCUUGUUGCAGAUGUCUCUACCAGCACUGAGUAGCUCAAGCCUGAAGCAUGAUCCUGACUUUGCCAGUUAGCGAUGUUUCCGGAAGCUCUGACCUCUGUCACAGGUGUUUAACAAAUAAAUAGAUAAGCGAAA